AUGUCACUAUUACUCCUUUUGCUGUUCGGUAUCUUGACGGUGGCGACGGCGGAGACCCACUCCCGCUCCUCCUCCUCCUCCUCCUCCCCGCCUCCCUCGGCCGCCCUCGAGCCCAGAACCAUCGCCGGUAUCGCAGUCAGCAUAGUCGGGGUCAUCAUUCUCCUAGCCAUCUUACUCUUCUGGAUCGUCCGCCGCCGGCGUUGUCGAAUCCGCGUCGGCGAUCCCGAGACACCGUAUGCGAUCCAAACACCACUCGUGCCCAUCACAUCCGCUACAGCGGUGAGGGACAGGGAGGACGGGACGCACAGCUCAAGGAGUUAUCCCACGCUUGACCCGUAUAAGCAGCCCGAGUAUCUACAGCAACUGGAGAGGGCGGAGGGAGGAGGAAGAGCGGAGAAAUGGCAAUGAUCUAGCGAUGAUCCAGCGAAUAUGGGGCAUGUUUGAGGGAUGGUGGGGCGGGAAGCGGCAGGCUUCGCCCGUCGGGUGUUGUGAUGGUUUUUGUGUGUCUCAGCUGGCGAUCAUCGGGGCGAUCAAUGAACUGAGUGCACACCCUCCAACAGUAACCUGGCAUAUCUGCGUGGAUCUACGAAGUGGUCUCCCGGGGUGGACAGAUGGUGGGUAGGAACAUAGGACGUGGGCGUAGCGACGGAGGAGACUACCUUCAUGCAACCUUGAUCUCCUGUUCAUUUGAGCUUCUCUGUCUUUGCGUCUUACUCGGCCGAUUAUCUUUCUCUAUUUUCGCCCACCUUUGUUGCGCGAUUGGAACAAUUAUUUCGACGGUGAAGGGAAGUACACAGGC